AUGACUUCUCCAGCUUCAUUAGAUAAUCCUGUCAAGCAAUUAAUAGAAUGGAAACAUGAGGUAGAAAAAAAAGUGUGUGAUAUAUUAAAUACCAUUGAGUUAAUUCCGAGUCAAAAUGAACGUAUUCAACUUGUGAUGGACAAAUUAUUUGAUGAAAAAAAUAAUGUGAGUAAAAGUAUCAUACUCUAUGAUAUAUUGAAUAAAAUACAACUUAAAGAUCAAGCAACAGGAAAGUGGUUCCAAGACCUUGGUCUUAAAUUUUAUGAGAACAACUCAAAAUUGGCCGCAUUGAUAAAUUUUACACAAGCAAUAGCAUAUACAUUACCGAAUACAGAGUUUUCAUCUGUUUUAUACAAUAAUAGAAGUCAAAUACUUUAUGAAUAUGGAAUGUUUGAAUCAUGCCUUGAAGACAUUGAACGUAUCACUGUUCUUCAUGUACCACAUCAGUACAAAGGUGCUUUUUUUCAUCGUAAAGCCACAUGUCAUCGUAAAAUGGCUUCUAGAUUAUCAACAAAGGUUGGUAAUCGAUCAAGUGAAUAUACAAAGUCACAUACAAAAGAUGUUAUCGAAGCGAUUCAACAUAAUGAUAAACUUUUAGGAGACCCAAUUGACAAAGGUAAUGAAGUUCGUUAUAAUCCACCUCUGCCAAUAUUAAAUAAUAAAAAUUCAUUAAUUCCUGGUUUAUCUGAUGCUGUUAAAUUGAAUUGUACAAAUGAACUUGGUCGUUUUAUAACAGCAACAAGAGAUAUUUCACCUGGUGAAUUAAUUGGCAUUUGUAAAGCACAUGUUAGUGCUGUUACAUUUACUGAAAGACUUAGGUUUUGUUGGCACUGUACAAAGAGUACAUGGAAUGGUAUACCAUGUGAUCGUUGUCCAUGUGUUAUUUAUUGCUCAGAUUAUUGUCGUGAAAGAUCAUUUGAUGAAUAUCAUGAUCAUGAGUGUAAUAUAUUGCCAUGUUUAGGUGAUGAUAACAUAGAUGAUAUUUCAUUAUUGACAGUCAGAACAAUCAUCAAAGCAUACAAAGAAUGUGGAAGUAAAAUUGAUAAAUUAAUGUCUACUUAUGAUAUCAAUGCUAAACCACCAACAGAAAAUGAAUUACUCAAGAGUGAUCAUGAUCCAAAUAAAUACUCGAGUAUUCAUAUGUUAUCGAGUGAAUAUAAUCCAACAAAAAAUAAAGAUAAUUCUAAAUACUUUGCUCAAAGUUUAAUUAUUGCAUAUCACAUGGGUGUUUCUAUUGGUCUUGUCAAACAUAACGAAACAUUAAGUGAAUUAAAAAAGUUUGAUAAAUUUAUGUAUCUAUUUGGAUUUAUAGAAAGAACUAUGAGAAUUAUUAUAUCGAACAGAGUUUAUCAUCGAUAUUUUGAUCGUUCUAAAGUUUCUAAGGACGUAGUUCUUAAUUCAAAAAUUAUUCCAGGUACGAUGCAUUUUAAACAGCAAUGUUAUACUGAUAUUAAACGUGUUAAUCAAGGUGAAUAUCAACUUAUUUAUACGUUGAAUGGAAUAAAAAAUGGUCAAACAAUUGGUGAUAAUUUUUUGUACAAUUUUUAUGAAAAAUGUCUUCAAGUACGUAGAGGUAUAGUUAAAUUGAUUUUUAAUUUUUGUUGCAAUUGUGAGGCUUGUAUUAAUGAUUGGAGUAUAGAUCAUUCAGAACCAACUGGAAUUAAUAAAAAUGACUUGGAAAAAAUUAAAGACGGUAUUUCAGAAGCAGAAAAAAGAAUUAUGAUUGCGAGUAAUGCGGCAAAUAAUUAUCUUCGUAAAAAUGAGAAAAUAUGUGAUGCAACAACAGAUAUCAAUAAUUUAAUUGAAAUUGUGGGAAAAUGUCAGAAGUAUUUGAAGCCAACUUCGGAAAUUUUUAUUAGAGCUAAAUCUACUUUAGCUCUGGCUUUAGAUUUGACUCAAGGACCUAUUCUUAUUCCAGAGUGA